AUGGGCAAGAAGGGCAAGCCAUCUGCAGGAAAGGCGGCCGCCAAAGCCGCCAAGAAGGAAAAGGCCGAGAAGCAGGCCACGCGCAAACUCACCAAGCAAGCCGCCAAGCAAAAGACCAACACCUCCUCCUCCACCAAGCAGCAGCCUGGCAAGAAGGGCGCCGCAGUCGAAGACGACGAAGAGGACCUCGAUGCGCUGCUCGCGCGCUACCGCGAGCAGUGGGAGCAAGAGCAUGUUGUCUCCGAGGAAAAAGUCGGUGGGCCACCCUCCCGUCGGGCCAAUGCGACCUUCACCCCAUGCCCGCUAGGAAACGAUCUGUACCUCUUCGGUGGCGAGUACUUCAACGGCGAGCGCGUCUCGUUCUACCAGGACAUGUACCGCUACAUCCCCGAAAAGAACGAGUGGCGAACCUAUGCGUCCAAAACUCAGCCCGGCCCACGAUCCGCGCACCAGGUCGCCGCCACCGCUGCCCAGGGCGGCAUGCUCUGGCUCUUCGGCGGCGAGUUCUCAGGCGCACGCCAAAACGCCUUCCACCACUACCGCGACCUCUGGGCAUUCAGCAUCGAGACGAAAGCCUGGGAGCGCAUCGACACCAAGCUUCGACCCUCGGCGCGCAGUGGCCACCGCAUGACCUUCUGGAAACACUACCUCGUCCUCUUUGGCGGCUUCAUCGACACGGGCGUAAAGACACAGUACCUCAACGACCUCUGGAUCUUCGAUACCCAGAAUACCUUCAAGUGGACAGAGAUCAAGCAGAACGAUCUGCGCCGGCCCCCACCGCGAUCCGGAUUCAGCCUGCUCUCCUGCCCAGAAGGCAUCGUUCUGCACGGCGGAUACUGCAAAAAGUACGUCAAGGGUCAGCGCACCCAGGGCGUGGCGCUUGAGGAUACCUGGUUCCUCAAGAUGGACGAAGACCUCACAAAGCUCGACUGGGUCAAGCGCCGCAAGGUCGGGUAUGCACCCAAUCCGGUGCGCAGCGGAUGCACCAUGGCGCUCUGGCAGUCCAAGAGCAUGGGCAUCCUCUUUGGCGGUGUGACAGAUACCGAGGCGGACGAAGAAACCAUGGAGAGCACCUUCCACAAAGACCUCUACGGCUACCAACUGCCCGGUACCGGUCGUUGGAUCAGUCUCAACCUUAAGCGCAAGAAGAAGGCCGGCGGAGGUAGACGAAAGAAGAAGCAACAGCAGCAGCAGCAGCAACAACGAAGAGAUGAAGACUCUGACGAUGACGGCGAUUCGGAUCGUGACGACGAGGAGCAGCUCGCCGAGUCGACCGAGAAACUGCAAAUGCAGGAGAAAGCGUCGAUCGCCAAUGGCGCCGAUGAGGACGACGAUGACGACCCCGAUGAUCCGCUGAAGACGAUCCCGCUGGAGCGGUACAACGUGAUGCUGGCCGUGCAGCGCAACACGCUCUACGUCUACGGCGGCAUCUUCGAGGCGGGCAACCGCGAAUAUACUCUCGACGACUUUUACACACUCGACCUGUCCAAGCUCGAGCGCUUCACCUGUCUCAAGGACUGCCCCAUCGAUGCGCUCGACUGGGCCGAAUCCGAGUCCGACGACGACUCGGACUCUGGCUCCGACUCUGACUCGGAGUCUAGCGAGUCCGAAUCCGAGGGUGAAGAGGGCGACGAGAUUCCGGAGGGCUUUGAGUUCGACGAGGCUGACUCGGACGACGAGGCUGCGCGGCACGCACGACUUAGCGCGGCUGAGCGCGAAGCACUGCGCGCCAAAGCACAAGCGUUUAUGGGUGUGGCAGCCGACUGUGCGCGUACGGAGCAGGAAGUCAUGUCGACGCCGCAACCGGGCGAGAAGCUGCGUGCGUUCUACGAGCGCACCAAGCCGCACUGGGCGGCCGUCGCCAUGGAAGCCGACCCGAAGCUGCGCGGCAAGGAGAUGCGCAAGCGCGGCUUUGCGCUCGCCGAUCAGCAGUACCAGGAGUACAAACCCAUCCUCGACGAGAUCGAGCGCAUCAGGGCCGAAGCUGGCCUCGACGAGAACGAGGCGGCCGUCAACAAGGUCGGCGGCAUCGGCGCUGGCAGCACUGGCGUAGACUCGCGCAAUCGUCGCUGA